AUGCUUGAAGUCAAUGAUGAGGUUUUGGAGAAUAUUCACGAGGAGUUUAAGACUAUACUUGCCAAAUGCGCUAUCAAAGUUCACUCAUUCCAAGAGGCGAAGGGGAUUUCCGGCAUGAAAGGUCUAGACAGCAAAGUAGUGGACAACUUUUCCUCGAAGCUCGAUCUCGCCAGGGAACAAGAAACGGUGGAGACCAUCGACGCAAAUCAUAUGGAAAUGGCUAGAUGUAGCAGCAGAGAUGAUGCGCGUUACCGCCAGAUCUGUGGAGUUCUAAAGCAGUUCGUAAGGACCGGACUGCCGAGCAGGGAAACGAACUCGGUCAAUAACAAGGAUAGAUUCUCACUCGCCAAACAAUUUAUAGUUCCCUUCUCGCGAGACGAGCACUUUGUUGGUCGAGAAGACACUCUAGGUCAACUAGACUUAGGAGGCCAGCAGGAGGCGCCAAAAAAGCAUAGGAGACAUGCACUAGUCGGUCUUGGAGGAGUUGGGAAAUCUCAAAUCGCCAUGAGUAUGCAUACCGAGCGCGGAAGCACCGACCGCAAAUAUCAGUAUUCAUGCAAGUACCAAGACCCGGUUCAAACAAGCUGGCAUAUGAUACUGGACAAUGUCGACGAUGGAAGCGUAUUUUUUGGGAAUAACGAUGUCGUCAGGGGCGCCCCUCCGCAUGACCAAGCAACCAACCCGCAGCCACCACUGGAGACAUUUCUUCCUCACUCGCGAAACGGAUUAAUCCUUAUCACAUCGCGUAACUCGGCUGCGGCCGACAACCUCGUCGACACGUUUGGAAAGCUUGUACCAGUAGAGCCAAUGGAAGAGAAGGACUCGGUUGAUUUGCUUAAGGCGAAGAUACCAGCAGACAAGUGUUCGGAAGCAGACUUAAAGGAGCUGGCCCAGACACUUGAAGGUAUUCCACUGGCUAUUACGCACGCGAUCACAGUAUCAGGCACACGACAAAGUAUUCCCGAGCGGCUGCUACAUAAUAACACAAACCAGUUACUCUUUGAGAAUAGUAUUGCGCCACUGCUCAACUUCUCACUGAUCCGAGAGCAAUCUGGCGGCGGUUCGUUCGAGAUGCACCGACUGGUGCAGCUGUCGACCAGGAAGUGGGUAGAGUUGAACGGACAGCUAGAGAAAUGGCGGGGUGAGGCGAUCAAGAUUACAGCAAGACUGUUCCCAGAUGGAGAUUAUGAAACGUGGUCUGACUGCCAGAGUCUGCUUCCUCACGCCAUCCGCGCUGAGCCUAUACUUCAAGAAGCAAUAGUGGUAAGGGAGAGGGAGCUCGUGGUCACCCAUCCAGACAUGCUCACCAGCGUCAGCAACCUGGCGUCAGUGCUACAGAGGCAGGGAAGAUAUGAGGAGGCGGAGUCAAUGAACCGACGAGCGCUGGAAGGGAGAGAGAGGGAGCUCGGGGUCACCCAUCCAGACACGCUCACCAGCGUCAGCAACCUGGCGUUAGUGCUACAGAGCCAGGGAAGAUAUGAGGAGGCGGAGUCAAUGAACCGACGAGCGCUGGAAGGGAGAGAGAGGGAGCUCGGGGUCACCCAUCCAGACACGCUCACCAGCGUCAGCAACCUGGCGUUAGUGCUACAGAGCCAGGGAAGAUAUGAGGAGGCGGAGUCAAUGAACCGACGAGCGCUGGAAGGGAGAGAGAGGGAGCUCGGGGUCACCCAUCCAGACACGCUCACCAGCGUCAGCAACCUGGCGUUAGUGCUACAGAGCCAGGGAAGAUAUGAGGAGGCGGAGUCGAUGAACCGACGAGCGCUCGUGAGCGACCUUGCGUUACUGCUACAGAGGCAGGGAAGAUAUGAGGAGGCGGAGUCCGACGAGCGCUGGAAGGGUAUGAGAGGGAGCUCGGGGCCAGCCAUCCAGACACGCUCACCAGCGUGUACUGCUUGGCUUUCCUUCUAG